GAGGAGGAGCCCCAACAAGAACUGAAGAGAGGGUUCAAGAGUCGCCAUGUUAAUAUGUUCGCGAUCGCAGGUUCCAUUGGUACAGGCCUCAUAAUCGGAAGUGGUGAGGCUUUGGCCUCAGGAGGGCCAGCUAGCAUAUUGAUUGCAUACCUUCUCAUGGGCACGUGUGUGUAUACCAUCAUGACUGCAUUCGCUGAGAUGGCCAUCUUUGCCCCCAUGAGCAAAGGCUUCAGUGGAUAUGCUACCAGAUUUGUUGACCCUGCAUUAGGAUUCGCAACUGGCUGGAACUACUUCUUUAAGUACUGCGUGCUCCUUGCCAAUAACCUCACAGCUACCGGUCUCGUCCUCAGAUACUGGAGAGAGGAUAUAAAUGUUGGUGUUUGGAUUGCCGUUUUUGGAGUCUUUGUCGUUAGUCUCAAUGUA